AUGACCCCCUCUCUCAAUUUUGUUCCAAUUAUCUCUUGAUCCCUCUUCUUCACAUCCCUGCCCUUUCAAUUAAUCCUAUGGAGAUUGAUCCUUCAAACCCUGAGAAAUCUGACCAAAUAAUCACAUGGAGCUCCGAGGAGCUAGGUUUGGGGCAUGUUAAGUUUUAUAGGUGUAGCUUUUGUAAACGAGGUUUCUCAAAUGCACAAGCACUAGGUGGACACAUGAACAUCCAUAGAAGAGAUAGAGCCAGGCUUAGAGAAUUUUCAAGUGAUCAAAACUUGCUUUCUUUGGACAUCAACAACUCCGUUAAUCCUCCUUCUCCUCCUCCCGCUCUAGCUCCUGCAAAUGAUGACUCGUUGCAACGAGGAGUAUCAUCAUCAUACGAUGAAACAAUAAUUAGUAGCCCCUCAAAAAGGCCUUGUAUUACAUAUGAUGAAGAAAAUGAUCAUCCUACAUCCAAGGUGAAUUAUUAUGAUCAUAAUCAUGAAGUGAUUAUUGGAGAUCUUAUGCAAUUACCCUUAUUCAAGGAGUAUCCAUUAAUUAAAGAAGCAAGCACUUGUGUGGAUGAGCAAGUAGCAAACAAGGGCAUGCAGCGAAAUCCUGUUUCAGAACUGGACCUUGAGCUUAGGCUAGGGAUGGAACCACCUGAGUCCUCGACAUAAGCGGAUCUAGGGUUUGAAGUUAAUAGGUUCUGAAUUUGAAGUUUAUGGGAUCUGAAGUUUAUUAAUUAUAUGUACAUAUUCACCGAAUUUCUCAGCAAACAUACACGCUCUGAAUCAAAGUUACUAAGUUCUACCGAACCCGUCCUCGAUCUCCAUGCUAGCUCCUCCCCUGGUCCUCGACGAAAGACUUGUAGUUUGUUUUAACAUGUUGAUCAAAUAUACUUGAUAGAAUCCAUCAUAGAGGUACUUCUUCCCUCACCUUUACAACUUCCCUCUUUUAUUUUUAUUUUUUAGGGUGUAAUAUUAUUUCAGUUAAACGAUCAAAAUCAACAAAAGAAUAUUGUUAUUUUGUUCCUUUUCUCUCUAUCCCUAGCUAAACGUUAAACUUUUGCUAAGUACGCAUGCUUGUACUCCAAAACUAAAAAGGUUGUUUGAUUCAGUUAUAUAUUUGGAUCAGAAAUAGUUUUCUAGAAGUUUAGGUGUACUAACUGUAAUGCUCUUUCAUUAGCCAAAAAAAAAAAAAAAACGGUAAUGCUCUUUACAAAAGGAAACGUGCUAUUUAUAUUGUUUGUUUCUUCAUUCCUUUUUUGUUUUGUUUUACUUUUCUUUGUUUUGAGAUGAAGAACACUCUCAAUUAAUGAUAUUCUGUUGAAGAUAGAAUGAAAAACAUACCGACUCAAUGAUUCCUCAAAAACAUGUGUAUCAAAUUAAUUCUAUCCCUCUCCCUUUUCCUAAAUACAUAUACACAACCAUAUUAAUUUUCUUAUACAUGAACUAAGAAAAUGUACUUAGAAUGAAUUUAGUUUAUUUUUCAAAAUACUACCCCGUUUAAAUUAGAUUCUCACUCCAAGAGACAUUAUCUAGAAUACACCAAUGUUUAAUAGCUUGAUGAAUAUACUCUGAUCCUGGUCGUGUGAUUUCACGAACUCAAGUUCAGUUUCUUUCUGAGUCAUCCUCUAUCUCAUAGACGUCCAAUCUCCAAUGCCUCUUUAAUGAGAGCCAUAUUUUUCAUCUUUCUCCUUUAAGAAAAUAUUUUCUCGCAAAGCAUGGUCAAUCUUCUGUUCUUUUUUUUUUUUUUUUUUUUGGCUUACUUAGUCUUUCUUCAUCAAUUUGUAAAGAUCGGACAAGGUUAUCAAGGGCCAUGUUGUUUAUAUCCUUGAGCUCUUCGAUAGAAACCAUUAUAUAAUCAUUUCUUGAAUCUAUGAAUCAUAAUUUUUUUUUGCAAUGACUCACUCAUCUAUCAGAUCUUCUCCAUGUACUCUCCUCAUCAUUAUUAUCUUUUCUUUGGCUUCAUACAAAGAAAACUUCUCAAACAUCUUGUAAUCAAUUAGUUAAUAAACGAGAGUGUGAAUUUUUCUUGUCCACAUUUCUCAUGGUGGUGACAUCAUUCGCUAUCUCUCUACUCAAGAUUUCUCGAUGUACAGUUCUCCAAAUAUCUAUAAGCAACUGCUUUGUCAAGGUGUUGACACCUUAAUUUGUUAGGCUCUUUGCCAUCAAAAUAAUCCUGCAGAACUUAUUUAACUUUUGAAAUCUUAGUAGUUCCAUCUACUAAAAUACUUUUGCCAAUUUGGUGCUUCUCCCGCACAACGUUCUUAUAACUAUAAUAGCUAAUCUCGUUAAAAUUUAUUUUGAUUUGUAGAUUCAUUCUCAAAUAUUCAACAAUUUUAGGUUUUCCAUAUGUCUUUCAAGACAAUUAUAUAUGCUCUGAUACCAAAUGCUGAAAUAUUUUGAGCGGAAGAACACUCUUAAUCAAUGAUAUUCUCUAGAAAACAAGUGGCUGAAAUAUUUUUAUUUACUUCUCUAACUUGCUUACAUAAUAAAUUGAGUAUAUUGCGUAUAAGUAUUUAUAGAUUUUAAGCUAGGAGUAAUAUGUAAUUUGAGUUGUGCCCAAUUGAACCGCAAUGAAGGCCCUUUCUAAUGAAGGGAUUGAAGAGGGUUGACAAGUAUUUUAAGACCCUUUUAAUGUAGGGAUGUCAAUCCCCGUUUUCAAAACACGGUUGGGCUAGGUUAGGCUAUCAACUUCUAAGUAACCCGUGAGAGCUGGGCUAGAUUAUGCUAUCAAAUUCCAACAGCU